GCAGCAGCAGCAGCCGCCGCGGUAUAAAACGGCGGAGCGGCCGGUCUCCACCGUCCUCUCCACCCCGCUCUCCGGCUUGCUCCCGCGCGAGCCCCGCCGCCCCGCCGCCGUCGGUAUAUCGCUGAAGGAAUUAGAGCACCGCCCUAUUUAUCAUGUCAGGAGGAUCAGCUGAAUCUUCACCGUCAUCAAGACGAAGCAGCUUUAAUUCUUUAUCAAGAGAUCUCGAACUUCCUUCAGAGCAUGGCUGUCUCUCUGUUAUUGUCCUCGGGGCUUCUGGAGACCUAGCCAAGAAGAAAACUUUCCCAGCACUUUUCCAUCUUUUUGCACAGGGAUUUUUACAAUCAGGUGAAGUGCAUAUAUUUGGGUAUGCGAGAUCAAAUCUUUCUGAUGAUGGGUUAAGGGAACGCAUUCGUGGAUACCUUAAAGGAGCCUCAGAAGAACAUCUCUCAGACUUUUUGCAACAUAUAAAAUAUGUCAGUGGUUCAUAUGACAGUGGAGAAGGAUUUGAUAAAUUGAACAAGGAAAUUUUGGAGUAUGAGAUGUCAAACAAAUCAGAAAACUCUCGCAGGCUCUUUUAUUUGGCAUUGCCUCCAUCUGUUUACCCUUCAGUCUGCAAAAUGAUCAGAAAAUAUUGCAUGAAUCCAUCUGGAUGGACUAGAGUCAUUGUUGAGAAGCCAUUUGGAAAGGACUUGGACUCUGCAGAAGAAUUAAGUGCCCAACUUGGGGAGCUAUUCGACGAAAAUCAACUCUAUAGAAUUGAUCACUACUUGGGAAAAGAGUUGGUCCAAAACCUGCUUGUGCUUCGUUUUGCCAAUCGCUUGUUCUUGCCUCUUUGGAACCGUGACAAUAUUGAUAAUAUACAGAUUGUAUUCAGGGAGGACUUUGGGACUGACGGGCGUGGUGGAUAUUUUGAUCAAUAUGGAAUCAUUCGUGAUAUCAUCCAGAACCAUCUGUUACAGGUUUUCUGUUUGGUUGCAAUGGAAAAACCUGUCUCUCUUAAGCCUGAGCACAUUAGAGAUGAGAAAGUCAAGGUUCUGCAGUCCGUGAACCCUAUAAAGCAUGAUGAGGUUGUCCUUGGACAAUAUGAGGGCUACAAGGAUGACCCCACAGUUCCAGAUGACUCAAACACCCCGACUUUUGCAUCUGUUGUGCUUCGGGUGCACAAUGAAAGAUGGGAGGGUGUUCCUUUCAUUCUUAAAGCUGGUAAAGCAUUAAGCUCAAGGAAAGCAGAAGUUCGUGUGCAGUUCAAGGAUGUUCCUGGUGACAUUUUUAAAUGUAAAAGGCAAGGUAGAAAUGAGUUCGUCAUACGUCUCCAGCCAUCAGAAGCCAUGUACAUGAAACUUACUGUCAAGAAACCUGGAUUAGAGAUGGCCACUGAGCAGAGUGAACUUGAUCUAUCAUAUGGGAUGCGAUACCAAAAUGUCAAAAUUCCAGAGGCAUAUGAACGGCUCAUAUUGGAUACGAUAAGAGGAGACCAGCAGCACUUCGUUCGCCGAGAUGAGCUAAAGGCUGCUUGGCAGAUCUUCACGCCCCUGUUGCACGACAUCGACGCAGGCAGGCUGAAGGCUAUUCCAUACCAACCUGGCAGCCGAGGCCCCAAGGAAGCUGAUGAACUGAGUGAGAAAGUUGGGUACAUGCAGACCCACGGCUACAUAUGGAUACCACCCACCCUUGCAUAGACAAUGUCAGAGAUAGUAUUGUUUAGCUAGGUAAAAGGAGCCUAUGCCUGUUUAUUUAGAUGGAGAGUGCCUGCUGUUAUUGCGGAUAUGAUGAUGUUGCGUGUGUUCACGAUACCACCUGACUACCUGGCGCUAUAAUAAUAUUCUGCUUCCUGAGUAUGCCAACUGCUGCUAUGUGAAAUAAAAAUGCAUAUUUGCGUGCU